GGUUUUUCAUUCGCAGGAAAGUUCCGAAUCAAACCAAAACAUCGAAAGAAAAAAAAUAGUCGUCGUCGUCCCUCUGAUGACUCCUUCCUUCCUCGCUGUAUAACUCUCUUCAUCAUCAUCCUGAUUGCUCCUCUUCCAUCUUCUCCUUCCGAGCAAAUAACUUGCUUUGAAUUACAAAAAAACGUUUCGUGAUGUCAAACCAUCCGAAGAUCACGUGCGUGUCUUCGUCCCACCAGAAUCUGGUGGAGAAGCUAAUGCAACUCCAGGAGAGAUUCUCCCAUCUCCAAGCCGCUAGGAAAGAAGGGAGGGUUAACGAUCACGCGGUCCUGGAAGCUCAAAUCUCUCAGAAUCUCCGCGAGUGGCAAGCUGAGCUCAGCGCUCCGUCUCCGGAGUCUUCUCUUCUGGGUGGAAGUAUUAGUCAAUUCUCUGAGGAGAUUGCUCGUCUGUUGAAGCUUAAUGAUGAAGAGGAUGAUGCUACUAGCUCGUUUAAAGAACAUAAUGUACCAAAGGCUGACGCUUUUGAUCAGGGGUUGUGUUCUCCGGGACAGUUGGAGUGGGCUGCUGAGCCUUUUGAUCAAAGCUCUUUUGAUGUUAACUUCUUGAGUGGUUUUGAGGAUGCUGUUAAUAACUCGGGAACACAUGACCAUCAACUCCAUUGUGCAUUUCAAGAGUUUGAUCCAAGCCUUAGCACCGCUCCUGAUUUCCAUGGCCAAAAGCUAAGCCACUUGGAUAUAACUUCUCAGCUAGAUUACCAUCUCUCAGAAGUGCGCCAGGAAUUCAACAACGGCACCCCUUCGGUUAAGCUCGAUGUUCCCGACGAGUCUGAGUUCACUACUCCACCAAGUGUCCGUGUGCCUCCUCCUUCUGCCUUUCUGGGACCAAAGUGUGCGUUGUGGGAUUGCACGAGGCCUGCUCACGGAUCUGACUGGUACAUGGACUACUGCAGUGACUACCAUGGGAAUCUAGCUCUGACUGAAGAUUCACCUGGCACGGCACCUGUUUUGAGACCUGGGGGGAUUAGUCUGAAAGACAAUCUCUUGAUUGAUGCUCUUCGUGCAAAGACUCUGGGUAAGAAUGUUGGCAUCCCGGUGUGUGAAGGAGCUGUUAACACAAAAUGCCCAUGGAACGCAGCAGAGCUAUUUCAUCUUGAGCUGGUUGAGGGCGAAACGAUCAGAGAAUGGCUAUUCUUCGACAAGCCUAGAAGAGCAUACGAUAGCGGAAACCGAAAGCAGAGAUCGCUUCCAGACUACAGCGGACGAGGAUGGCAUGAGUCAAGAAAACAGCUGAUGAAAGAGCAAGAAGGCCAGAAGAGAUCUUACUACAUGGAUCCACAGCCUCCUGGUCCCUUCGAGUGGCAUCUGUUCGAGUACCAGAUCAACGAGUCCGAUGCGUGCGCCUUAUACCGACUAGAGCUCAAGCUAACGAACGGAAAGAAGAGUCCUAAGGGAAAAGUUGCAAAAGACCCUCUAGCUGAUCUGGAGAAGAAGAUGGAGAAAAUGGGAAAGUUGACUCCUGAGGCGGCUUCAGACAAACCUUCUCCUACAACCAAAGGUCGUGCAAAGUCUACCAAAGGAGCUAAAGCAGCAGCAACUGGCAAUCUAACUCAAGCGACGUGAUGGUUUUUGUAUCUGAUGAGAGAGAUAGAUAAGGAUCAUUGUAGUUAACCUCUUUGGUGUUAAUAGGGAGAAGUCUGAUCUUUGCCCCUUUUUUUCUUGAGAACCUGUGAUGUUUU